AUGAGGGGCUCGGCGUCGAGGACCGUCGCGUGGGCGGCGCUCGCCCGGAGCGCGACGAUCGACCCCGCGCGGAUCAUCGCCUCCGCCGCGCGCGCGUCGGCGCCCGCGCAUCGUCGCGAAGACGCAUCGCGGUCGCGCGGUCGAUGGAUCGAGCGACGUCGUCGUCACGAGCACCCUCGGUUCAGCACCGUCGGCGAGGCGUUCCUCGUCGCCGCGCACGCCGAGGUGCUCCGCCGCGCCGGCGCCGAGGUCCCGGCGAACCUCGCGCAGCUCCUCGCGGUCGUCACCGCGGAGGGCGCCUCGCCGUUACCCCCGGACGCUCGAGACGGACUGCACCCGCUCGUCCUCCCGAUCGCGAAAGCGUGGCGAGGCGAUCGCGACGACGAUCGGGUCGUGGGGCUGCUGCUGCGCCCGUCGCCGUCGUCGCCCCGUGCGCCGCUCGCGGGUCCACUUCCCGUGGUCCUCGCAGGCCCCGGGGGGGUCCGCAUGCUCGCGAAGGACGCAGCAUCCUACGUCCACGCCGCCAUAAUCCGUGAAGACGCUUCGCCGGCUUCCGCGACGACGACGCCGGAGCCGUACCCGGUGGCCGGCGCGGCUGGCGCGGCGGGGCGGGCGAUGUACACCCGCGGCGAGCUCGCCGCGUCGUCCAUGCCGGACCGACCGGAGGUUUUCAUACUACGAAACGUGGGCAAGUUCCCCGACGACAUGGAGGCCAUGGCGCUGCGUCACCUGCGAGGAGUCGAAAAGGAGGGCGCGAGUCCGUCGCAAUCCGCCGUCACCAGCGCUCUGGUCACCGCCGAGUGGUACGCGAACGACCGCGCGUUCGAGGGAUGGGCCGGUCCGCAGGCGUUCAACGCGAGGAUGUUGUUCGCGAUGGGCCGCGCGGACGAGGCGAGGGACGCCGCGAGGGUCGCGCUGUCCACCGCGGCGUGCUGGGACACGGUGGGCACCGAACGCGGCGGCGCCGCGGAGAUGGCGGCGCUCGCCGGCCUCGACGCUAGAAUGGGCGCGAGGGAGCUCCGGGAGAUGCUGGAGACCGGGGGCGAGGCGCACAAGGCGGCGGCGGCGGCGAUGGCGGGGCGGAUCCCCGAGAACGUAGGCGCCUCGGGGGGUCCGCGGGGAGAAGGAGGAAUGUCCGAGGAGACGUCGCGAGGGUACGCGACGCGCGCGGCGGCGGCGGCGUUGGACGCGGUGGCUCUCGGGUCGGAGGCUGACGUGGCACGGGGCGCGGGGGAGUCGUGGGAGAACGCGAGGGAGGAGGUGGGGUCGGCGUACGGGGAGGCUGGCCUGGCGGGGUUGGCGGCGUUCGUGCUUCGCAGGUGA